AUGAACGACACAAAGAUUAAAUUACCCCAAAAAGGUCAAAAUACAGUCGAGUUUAAAAAUUUUCAAAAUAAGGAACGUGUUCCCUUCAUCAUUUAUGCCGAUUGUGAAAGUCUGUUAAUUCCCUCGGCAGCACCCCAAGAACCAAAAAAUACUGAGGUGUUUCAAAACCAUAAAACUCUCAGUAUUGGUUAUUACUUAAAGUGUAGUUUCGAUGACUCUUUGUCUGUGUACAAAGCAUCACCUAGAGAUGAGGAAAAUCCAGCUAAAUGGUUUUCUUUAGAAUUAAAGAACUUGGCUGAUAAUCUAGAUUCCAUAUUCAAGAACCCAGUUCCCAUGGAAACAUUAAGUCCACAGCAGUUGGCAGCUUUUCGAAAUGAUAUGACUUGUCAUAUUCGUAAAAAGAAAAUCGCGUAUGGGGAUGUGAAAGUACGAGAUCAUUGCCAUCUAACAGGGAAGUACCGCGGACCCGCUCAUCAAGAUUGUAAUAUUAAUUACCAUGAAUCGCAGAUCAUACCUGUUGUCUUUCAUAACCUAAGUGGCUAUGAUGCACACUUUAUCAUUGAAUCUAUUGCUACAGAAUUUGAUGGUACUGUUAAUCUACUUCCUAUUAACAAAGAAAAGUACAUUAGUUUUACUAAAAAUGUAAAAGGUGGUUUUCUAAAAUUUCGUUUUAUUGAUUCUUUCAAGUUUAUGGCAUCAUCUCUGGAUAAGUUAGCAUCCUAUCUCGAAGAAUACAAAAUUGUAAAUUCCGUUUUUUCAAACUACAGCGACGAUAAAAUUCAAUUAUUAACGCGAAAAGGAGUUUUUCCUUAUGAAUACAUUGAUUCAAGGGAAAAACUCGACGAAACAGAGUUACCGCCGAAAGAUAAAUUCUACAGCACAUUGAACGAUUCAAAUGUUUCCGAUGAAGACUAUGCACAUGCGCAGAAAGUGUGGAGUGAAUUUAGUUGUCAAAAUUUCAGAAACCAGUGUUUAAUCUCGUACGGUCUAGAUCCAGCACACUAUUAUACUACACCGGGUUUGACUUGGGACGCAAUGUUAAAGUAUACGGAAGUAAGACUUGAACUCUUGACAGACAUUGACAUGGUAAUGUUUAUUGAACGAGGAAUAAGAGGUGGUGUAAGUCAAUGUACAAAUCGAUAUGCAAAAGCUAACAAUCAUUACAUGGAACAAUUUGAUAAAAAUGAGGACACGUCUUACAUCGUAUACUUUGACGCAAAUAAUCUAUACGGUUGGGCAAUGGUUCAACCGCUUCCCUAUGGUGGCUUCAAGUGGGUAGAGAAUGUUGAUAAUAGUUUUGAUUUCAAUGUUGCAGACGAUGCGCCUACGGGUUACAUUUUGGAAGUUGAUUUGGAUUAUCCAGAUCACCUUCAUGAUAAACACAGCGAUUUUCCAUUUUGUCCGGAACGCUCGAAGCCACCAGGGUUAAAAAAGGAGAAGCUCCUAACUACCCUCCUACCGAAACGAAAGCACGUUCUCCAUUAUCGUGCCUUAAAACAAGCUAUUGCCAACGGUCUCGUGUUAGUUAAAAUUCAUCGCGUCAUAAAAUUCGAACAAUCCACAUGGUUGAAAAGUUACAUUGACUUUAAUACCACGCAAAGAACAAACGCCAGUAAUGAAUUUGAGAAAAACUUGCUUAAAUUGAUGAACAACGCGGUAUUUGGCAAAACAAUGGAGAACGUGCGAAAACAUGUUGACAUCAAACUUGUGACAAAGUGGGAGGGUAGGUAUGGAGCUGAAGCCUUAAUAGCAAAGCCUAACUUCCACAGCAGAGCCAUCUUUAAUGAGAAUUUGGUUGCUGUGGAGCUUAGGAAAAUGGAGGUACUAAUGAACAAGCCGGUGUAUGUUGGCUUGACUGUUUUGGAUGUGUCAAAAACUUUGAUCUACGACUUCCAUUAUGAUUAUAUGUUGAACAAGUAUGAUGAAAAAAAAUUGAAAUUAUUGUACACCGACACCGAUAGUCUGAUUUAUGAAAUCAAGUGCUCAGACAUUUACGCCGAUAUGAAACAAGACAUUAUGAAAUUCGACACUUCUGAUUAUCCGGUUAAUAACGUGUACAAUAUUCCGCAAGCCAACAAAAAGAUAUUAGGUCUCAUGAAGGAUGAAUGCAAUGGAAAAAUUGUAACAGAAUUUGUUGGCUUGCGGAGCAAAAUAUACAGCGUCCGUGUAGAAGGGAAAGAUUUAAUAAAAAAGGCUAAAGGUGUCAAAGCAGAAGUUGUUAAGAAAAAUAUCGACUUUGAUGAUUAUGUUUAUUGUCUUCGAAAUAUUAAAAUGCAAUCUAGAACGCAAUAUUCAAUUAGGUCGAAUCUUCACAAAGUACAAACUUUGAAACAAACAAAAAUUGCACUAAGUCCUUAUGACGACAAGAGAUACUUGAUAGAAAAAAGCACCGACACCCUCGCAUGGGGUCAUUGUAAAAUUAUUGAAAUUGACGACGACGAUGAAAAUAAACUUAUGUAA